AUGAAAGUUUAAGAUGCUUCCGAGAAGCAAGCCAAACCAAUCGAUUCACGAUUAAUGAAUGGACCAUUGUAAGAUCGUCAUUGCACUGAUAUCAUAUGCUGUUUAUUAUUUAUCGCAUCAUUCAUAUUCAUGUGGUAAGUUAUUAUUCAUAAUCUAGGUAUAUUGCUAUAACUGGAUACACUCUUGGAAAACCAGAACGAAUAUUGGCAGCUUAUGAUUCCGAUGGUAUUGUUUAUCGGUAAUUUAGGCAAUGCAUGUGAUUUGGAUUUACCCGAUUAUCCAUUAUUAUACUUUCCUAUCAUUCAUCCUGAUUACUAUAACAAGACAGUCUGUGUGGAAAGAUGUCCAGCAAAUACAUCAGACACUGUUAAAUGUUAAACAAAUAAAAAUAUCACAUCCUGUCCUAGAGAUUGUACAAAAGUUUCAGUUAAUACAUCUGCUACCUUUGAUUUCACUUCCAUUGAUUCAAUGAAGACCUAUGUGGAUACAAUAACAAGUUCAGUUAGUAACCCAGAAAAUUGGAUUUGUCUUUAUGGAAGUGAACCUAUUUUUUCAAGAGCAUGUUUCCCAAGCACUGCCUUAGAGAUUUUGAAUCAAACAUCUAAUUUUAGUUCCUCAGUUGAUUUGAAUAGAUUGACCUCUUGGUUAUAUGACCUUUCUGUCGCAAAAUACAUCAUUCUUGCCUCUUUUUUUAUAGCUUUCGGUUUAGGGUAAAAGAGUAAAAAUUUAUCAUUUUAGAUUAAUCUAUAUGGUAAUUUUGAGAUUUUUGGGAGGAUUAUUUGUAUGGCUAACAAUCUUACUCUAUUUUGUAGGAAUUUCAGUUCUGGCAGGUUACACUUGGGAUUAGCACUUAUAUUAUUUAAAGUAAAUAUAAUUCAAACUAUAUAUUGUAGUGAUUCUCAAUAAUCAGCCUCUGCUGGUUCCACAAAUGCUUCUGACAAUGCCAAAGCUUUGGAAUACAUAUUUUAUAUAGAAAUAGCUUGGAUUGCAUUUUCAAUUCUUGCUUUCUUUUGCAUUUUCAACAAAAUUAGAUUGGCUAUAGGAGUAGUGAAGACAGCUACUCUCUAUGUGAGAGAUAAUUUCUCAGUUAUGAUUGUACCUCCAGUAAUUGGAGUUUGUUUAGGAGUCUUGUGGGUUUGGUGGAUAGUGUCAGUUGUGUAAGAAAUAUCAGUAAUUUAUAAGUUUCAUUGUUGGACUUGGAGACAUCAAAGGAGAUGGCAGUACACCUUUUGCCUCUGUGACUUUUGACAACACAACUAGAAACAUGGUGUAUUACUUUAUGUUUGGUGGGUUAUGGAAACAAGCCUUUUUGUUGGCUCUGAAUCAAUUCAUCAUUGGUUGUUCAGUGUGCAUAUGGUAUUUCAAUUAAGGACCAGGCUAAUCCUAUACUGGCAACUUAUUCUAAAGUAUCUAUUGGGCAUUCCGUUAUCAUCUUGGAUCAUUAGCAUUUGGUUCUUUCAUUUUGGCAGUGGUUCAAUUCAUUCGAUUGAUGUUGGAAUACGCAAAAUAUCAAGCAAAAUAGAUGUCAGGAGAUAAUAAAUGUACUAAAUGCAUACUGGAUUGUCUGUCUUGUUUGGUGGCUUGUUUUGAACGAUUUAUUGAAUUCCUCAAUAAGAAUGCUUACAUUCAAAUUGCAUUGACUAGCAAGAGUUUCUGUCCAGCUGCUAAAGAUGCUUUUGAAUCAAUAUGGGCUAAUACUAUGAGAUACAGUCUCGUUUCUGGUAUUGGUUCCAUUUUUACAUUCGUAAUACUUCAUUUAUAUUGAAAAUAGAUUGGUAAACUAUUUGUUGGUUUUGCUACAGUUCUGUUCUCAUAUGAAAUCUUUAUUAAUGUGGAACCGUAUAAAACAGAUUUGGCAUCUCCAAUCGUGCCAUCAAUAGUGUGCUUUAUAAUUGCUUAUAUGGUGGCCAUUCUGUUCAUGAGUAUCUAUUAAAUGGCUUGUGAUGCUGUGUUGACAUGUUUCAUUUAUGAUGAAGAAUUGAAUAAGUAGAAUGGAGGGAUGUCAGCUUAACAUUGUCCAGAAACGUUAAGAGAAUGGUUUGAUAGCACUUAAUCAUCAUGAUAUCAAAUUUUAAAAACA